UGUCACUACAACUACUAGUUGUGCUCUCCCACUACAGCUUUCCGCUCCAUGUUGAUUUGUCUUUCUCUUAAUUCGUUGACACCACCAAUAAACUACGAUUGUAUUGUUAUUUGUGUGCGCUUUCACCUUUGAACCCUCCCCUAUCUAGACAACUUCUGCCUUCAUCACUCGGCCCCAAUGGCCCAAUACUACCCGCAACAACAGCCCUACGGAUCCCAGGCUUCUGCACAGAACCUUCAGUUUUAUCCUUCUUCCUACGGCUCUGUGUCUGGCCAUACAACUCCCUCUCAAGCUUCCUAUGGUGGCUUUAGUGCAGGCCCUAACCCGGCUGCUCAGGCGUACCCUAUUGGAGGGGUUGGUGGUGGAUAUGGCGGCUUUGGGUCUCCAGCCACUGGUGUUAGUGGGCGGAUGGGCGAACAGGGUGGGUUGAGGACUGGGUGGCUUGCUGCAUUUGGUACAGAGGGAUAUGAGGGGGAACCGCCGUUGUUGGAGGAGCUGGGGGUAAAUUUCGAACAUAUCAGGACUAAGACUUUGACAGUGCUCAACCCUUUCGCCCGGAUCGACCAACAUCUUAUGGAUGACAGCGAUCUCUAUGGCGCACUGCUUUACAUCGUCCUCUACGGAACAUUUCUCCUCCUUUCUGGUAAAGUCUUUUACGGUUAUAUCUACGGCGUUGCAGUUUUCGGCACUGUCGCUUUACAUUUAAUUCUUAGUCUUAUGUCUCCGGCUCUCGAUACCGCCCCGGCGCCUAAUGCUGCGGACCAGGCCAACUACGACCCUCAUCACAAACCUUCGUAUUCCGAGGCCUCGGCCGCCGGUCAUUUCUCGGCCACAUUGACAUUCCCUCGCUCUGCUAGUGUUCUGGGUUACUGUUUCCUACCGCUUGUGCUCACUAACCUUGUUGGGAUAAUGAUCCCUAUGGACACUAUGUUCGGGUACCUGUUGACUACAGCUGCCGUAGGGUGGUGUACUUACAGCUCCUCCGGAAUGUUUUGCGCGGUUGCGCGGAUGCGUGGGAUGAGAGGCUUAGUAGCGUACCCAUUGGCGCUUUUUUACGUCGUUUUCGGGAUCAUGGGGAUUUUCUCUUCACGCGGAAGUGGGAAUUUGGCUGCAAAGACGGCUGCAACUUGAUAUUGAAGCUUUCUCUCGAAACCAAUGUGAUAUGUCUUCUAAGUGGAUGGUCUCGGUCCUGAGUAGAUAACAAGGGAUUUCGGUCACAUUAUAAUAAUAUGUAAAAAAUAUCAUGAAUCAGCGAUCUCUACACUCGUGCCUACAGGCUUUCUGUUUGUCAAAUCCAAUCAACGACAGCUGCUUGCUUAUGGCUGAUGAAAGCAACA